AUGCCAGUGACUGCCUUCCCGCUCCCAGCUGGCCUUUGCUGGUGUGGACAAGCAGAGCAGCUUGACCUCUCUCCCUGGAGCUCCCCUGCCCACACCUGCCCUGAGGGUGUCUGUGGGGCAAGGGCACGAGUGCUGGGGUCCCCUGGCCCCAAAGGACUCAUCGGUCUCUCCUCCUGCAGUGCUGAGUACCCUGACCUGCGGAAGCACAACAACUGCAUGGCCAGCAACCUGACGCCAGCCAUCUAUGCCAGGCUCUGUGACAAAGCAACCCCAAAUGGCUGGACCUUGGACCAGUGCAUCCAGACGGGUGUCGACAAUCCCGGCCACCCUUUCAUCAAGACUGUGGGCAUGGUAGCUGGCGAUGAAGAAACCUAUGAGGUGUUUGCUGACCUGUUUGACCCCGUGAUUCAGGAGCGGCACAAUGGAUACAACCCCCGCACCAUGAAGCACGUCACAGACCUGGAUGCCACCAAGCUCACCGGAGACCGGCCGGGCCGGUACUACCGCCUCAGUGAGAUGACGGAAAAGGAGCAACAGCAGCUCAUUGAUGUGAGUUAGUGCAGCUCUUGGCCAGCCACCCCGGCUCUGCCGGCCACCAGUACAGCUGAACACUGACCUGUCCCUAGGCACAACAACGAGAAGACCUUCCUGAUCUGGAUCAACGAGGAGGACCACACGCGCGUCAUCUCCAUGGAGAAGGGUGGCAACAUGAAGCGCGUCUUCGAGCGGUUCUGUCGGGGCCUGAAGGAGGUGGAACGGCUAAUCCAGGAGCGAGGCUGGGAGUUCAUGUGGAACGAGCGGCUGGGUUCCUCCCUGACCUGCCCCUCCAACCUGGGCACUGGGCUGCGAGCAGGUGUCCACAUCAAGCUGCCGCUGCUCAGCAAGGAUAGUCGCUUCCCUAAGAUCCUGGAGAACCUCCGGCUACAGAAGCGUGGAACAGGCGGUGUGGACACCGCAGCUACUGGCAGCAUCUUCGACAUCUCCAACCUGGACCGGCUGGGGAAGUCAGAGGUGGAGCUGGUGCAGCUGGUGAUAGACGGUGUGAAUUACCUGAUUGACUGUGAGCGGCGGCUGGAGAAGGGGCAGGACAUCCGCGUCCCCUCCCCGGUGCCGCAGUUCCGGCACUGA